GAACCCAUACUGUAUGUCUGAAAAACAGAGAGGGGUUGGUUCAGGUAGCCUAUUGCCUGGAAGCAAAGGGUUUGAAGAAGAGUGACGUAAAGCAAAAAACGAAAAUGGUAUCUCAAAAUGAAUGAUUGCGUGCCCGAAACCACAAUCCAAGUGGGGAUUAUGGGUCCAACGAUAACCAUAAUCAAUGAAUAAUAUUAAUGAGGGAAUCUUUCUUUGUUUGUCAUAGUGUAUGAAUAAAUAAAGAAUCUAUAACAGAGAAGAUUGAGUAAGAAUACUGUUAUGUGAGUUAGAAAGAGAUUAUGUAUUAAGAAGAAGAAGCAGCAGUUGUGGCGGAGGAAGAAGAAACAGAAAAGCUGGGAAAGGCAGGAGGUGGAGAGUUGUUGGAUGGUAUAUUUGAUUGCAUCCAUGACAUCACUGCUGUCAUUGCUUCUUCAUCAGCUGGGUGGAGGAUGAAGGAUUCUGCUUACCGUGUGCAUACCACCUCUCGCCUCGCUCAAUGGCGUAUCGAAAACCUCUCCUCUUGUACUUACCGUCGUUCUGAUCCUUUUAAGAUUGGUCUUUGGAAUUGGCACUUGGCUUUAGAGAAGAAUAGGGUGUUGAUGUUAAAGUUGUAUCCUGAGGUUUCCAAUUUGACCAGAGAGAAUCCUCCCAUCGCGUCUUUUAUUAUCCGUGUCUUGUCUUCUGUUGGUGAUCGCAAGCCCCUCGUUCACCCUGGUAUAACAGACCAGCAGCUCAAAAGCAACGACGAUUUUGUUUGGCCUAUCAACGUUCCACUAACUGGGAAAUUCAUCAUUGAUGUUGAAUUUCUGGACUUGAAGACUUCGUCUCCAAAAGGUGGGGAGCCCUGUUCCAUCUGGGCAGAAGGGUCAAGCAGCAGGAGGUCUAACAGCUCAGCUCUCAGCGGCCUCAGACGGAUGCUGACAGAAGGCAUCUACACAGACAUUACAAUCAACACGUCCGAUGGGUGUGUUGGAGCCCACAGGGCAGUUUUAGCUGCACGGUCCCCGGUGUUUCAAAGCAUGUUCUCUCACGACCUGCAGGAGAAGGAAUUUUCUACCAUAAACAUAUCAGACAUGACUGUAGAUUCUUGCCAAGCCUUGCUCAGUUACCUGUACGGCUGCAUAGAGCACAAGGAUUUUCUGCAUCACCGCCUCUCCCUCCUCCGUGCAGCUGACAAGUAUGACAUCGCGGAUCUCAAAGAAGCGUGCCAUGUCAGCCUCCUUGAGGACAUUGACGCCAAGAAUGUACUAGAAAGACUACAAAAUGCAUCCCUGUACCAGCUGCCUGAACUUAAGAGCAGCUGUAUGAGGUAUUUGGUCCAGUUUGGAAAGAUAUAUGAUCUUCGCGAUGAAUUCAAUGUGUUCCUUCAAUGUGCUGAUAGGGAAUUGAUUGCCGAAAUCUUCCAAGAAAUUCUUGCUACCUGGAAAGGUUUCUGAUUCUUUGGUAAUGCCUGAUGGAGUAUAACGUACUCCAGGAGGGCUAAUUAAGUUAUUGCAUGUGUUGAUGUACAUACAACAUGUCUGAUCUUGAAUGAAUCUUAUUAAACCCAAUUCGAGUACUGAUUUCUUUGUGUUUGGUAUGAAUGUAAACAUAUGUUUACAGGUACUGUAUAUAAUACUAGUUUUUUGAAGAGUCAAGAUUGUACGCGUAUUGAUUUGGCGAAAAAAAAGUGAGAGUAUCUUCCUCCUU